AUGGACGGCGAUAUUACCCGGGGAGAUUCGAAGUUCUCUCAUAGUGAGAUUGGAAACAUGCCUCGUUUAACUCAGGUCCCUACCUCUAUAACUCUCUCCGCAGAGCAGUUUGAGAGACUUUAUCUGAAUCCCAUGAUGCAUCGUCAGACUGCACUGACCAAGAGCUUGGGAAACCCAACUCCACUGGGACUUGGCGCUUUUGUGCUCACAGCUAGCCCGCUUGCCUGUUGUUUGAUGGCAUGGAGGGGCGCCGGUGGAGGUGGCGCUGCGUUCACCGGAGUUCUAAUUUUGAUGGGAGGUUUGCUCCUUGUGCUAUCAAGCAUCCUCGAAUUCAUUCUUGGAAAUACCUUUUCUUCCGUCGUAUUCGGACAUUUGGGGGCAUUUUGUUUGGCAUUUGGCGCAACUCUAACACCUGCUUUUAACUCCGCAGCCCCUUACUCGCCAGAAGGAACCAACACUCUAGCGGGCCUUCACAGCCCUGGAUUUGUCAAUACAUUUGCAUACUUCUUUAUCUUCAUGGGAUUAUUGAUGCUAAUUUAUACGAUUUGUGCAACGCGCACAAAUAUCAUCUACGUUGUCAUUUUCGCAUCCCUCAUUUUGGUCUUCGCGCUCCUCGCUGCGGCUUAUUGGCAGCUUGGUAAAGAGAACGAGGUGCUUGGUAAUAGAUUGACAGUGGGAAGCGGCGCUGCUCUAUUCCUAGCCAGUAUGCUUGGGUUCUAUCUUUUGACGGCACAACUCCUUGACUCUGUUGGAUUUCCUCUCUCCUUGCCCGUCGGAGAUUUGAGUGGGGUUUGGAACCGUCCGAACGCUGGAAACUGCUCACAGGAUCUCGAGUCUGGCUCCGACACCAAUGUCAAGGGAUGA